ACACGAUUGGUCUCGUUACGUGGUAUGUCAUUGGAGCUUGGUGUUGGUUCUUGUUAGUUGUUUAUGCUGCUACAUACACUGAUGGUGGUCUCAACACUGACUUCCCCUCAGCUAUGCUCUGUCGUAGAGCAUCUAGAUCCCGUGACCAGGAUGACAAGCUAGAAUAUGGCAUCUCCCAUAGAGCAUCGAAUCCCGCCUAUAUGAGGCUGCCUGCCCAUCCAGGCGGUGGCGAUACACUGAAGGAGUCCACAUCUAAUAGUGCUGCUACUCUCAGCAUGUUACCAGUAGAUCAGGCUAGUGCCGAUCUUACUCAUACUGCAAUAGAUGAUGAUGAUGACCUUCCUCUAACUAAGCCGAAGGAGAGCUGGACUGAAAGGCUCGCUGGGCAUGCUCAGAAGGUUGGUUUGGUUGUGUAUCUUUUCCAUUGGUUGUUUGCUGAUAUACUUACCGGUUUGUUUGUUAUCCCCUUUGAAAUGCCUUUUUCUACUGCCCUACCUUUCCUGUACAUAGGAUGUAUUCUAUGCUCUUGGUGUGCAUAUGCUGUUAUUAUACAAGUACCACUCUUACGCUCCCUACUUGCAGUUUAAUAACAAUACCACCAUUCAUCAUGACUACUUUCAUGAUCUCCCUUGCCUCCUGAGGCAUCAUCCACUUUCUAUCCUACUUAUAGUACAAGACUUCCCCACUCGUUUGGCUUCAUUACCCUUUGAGAGUUGCCUCGCCGCUUACCAUUAGGAUAGCAUUACUAGUACGAUAAUGAGUAUGGUAACAGAUA